AUGAUUGUAACAAAAUUAUAUGAUGAACCACCUGUUGAUUAUAGUGAUGAUGAUGAAUUUGAUGGCAAAGAAUAUGAUGAAAAUGAUAAUUUUGCAUCAUUUAAAUCAUCAUCUACAUUUGCUGAAUCACAGUCGAAACAAUUUUAUUCAAUACCAAUCAUUGAUUUUAAUCAAUUACAAAUUGGAAAAUUAAUUGGACGUGGUGGCUUUGGUCAAGUUCAUCGUGGCAUUUAUCAAAAUGAAAUGGUUGCCAUUAAAGAGCCAAUUUACCAUCAACAGAAAUCAAUGAACAUGAUUAAUAAAUCUUUGAAAGAAGAGGCACGUCUACAAUUCUAUUUGAAUCAUCCGAAUAUUAUCAAAAUUCAUGGUCUAUCAAUGAAUCAGAAAAAAAUCUAUCUAGUUAUGGAAUACGCUGCAGGAAAAUCAUUACGAGAAUUGUUAACAAAACAUAGCUUAUCACCAGAAAUAAUUAUCAAUUUUGCCAAACAAAUAUCCAGUGCAAUGGAAUAUCUGCAUAAUUUUAGGCCAAAACCAAUCAUUCAUCGAGAUCUUAAAUCAUCAAAUAUUUUACUUGAUUUACCUAUUGGCACCGGUGGAUGGCUGGACAAACAGAUAAAAUUGACCGAUUUAGGUUUAGCACGUGAAUUUACCGAUUCAGUGUCCAUGAUGACACCAUGUGGUACAUAUGCAUGGAUGGCACCGGAAUCAAUAGCGCAUUCGAAAUUUUCCAAAGCUAGUGAUGUUUGGAGCUUUGGUGUUGUAUUAUGGGAACUAUUGACGGCAGAAAUACCAUAUAGAAAUAUUGCCGGUGCAGCCAUUGCAUUCGGCAUUGGUAAUCGUCAAUUAACCUUACAUAUACCGAAAACAUGUCCUGAAGAAUUGAAAAAUAUUCUGCAAGAAUGUUGGCAACAAGAUCCUAAAUUACGUCCAAGUUUCCAAAAGAUUCGAAAUGACCUUGAACAAUCAUCAUUCAAUGUAAUCGAUAUGGAACAAUUUAAGCAGAUGAAAAAAAAUUGGUUCGAAGAAAUAUGGAAAAGUUUAAAGGAAAAAGAAAAAGAAUUAGAAUCACGGGAGGAAAGGGCUAAAUUAAUGGAGAAAAAAAUGAAUGAAAUUGAACGUACAUUGAGGGAAAAAUCCGAACGAUUAAAUCAACGUGAAAUCGAUGUUGUUGGUCGUGAAUUGAAAGUAAUCUUGCAACAGAAUCAAAAAACACGGAAUAAAUCACGGCGAAAAAAAAUUCGUACAGCUGCUGGAACACCGCCAUCGAUUAGUUAUCCAAGAGAUUUUUGCCACAAUGUAACAGUGACAAAAACUAGUCAUGAACAUUCAUUACAGCCAAGUUUACAGGCAAAAGCUUUGAAUCAAACAUGGACACCUGGAACAAAAACACGUCCUGAAUUACAUACCGGUCUUUUUGUGAAUGUUUCUCGAGCUAGUUCAAUGUCACAAGAACCAGACACGGAUAUUGAAUGUAAUCUUCAAAUGGAACAGCAGCAGCAGCCAUCAACAUCAAAGAAAUCGAUAAAACGCAAAAAAUUUGGUCAAUUUUGGAGAAAAUUAUUCACCAUAUCUCGAUCGAACGUCAACGAUGAAGAUGAUAAACAUUCGAUAUUGAAAGUAGUCAACAAGCAAGAUGAUCAUGAUUGUGAACGCUCAUUAUUUCAUGUUCAUGUUGAACACGGUGAUUGUGAUAAAGUAUUGGAUGUGAAUUAUCAUCGCGAUUUAUUCUCAAUCAAUCGCACCUAUCAUGGUCUGACAAAAUAUUCACAGAGAAUCCCUUUUUGGGAACAAUUUAUGACUAGAGCAGAAGCGCCAGCAACAAUAGAACAAGGCGACCAGACCAGUUAUGACUGGCAACAUGACGAGUAUGAUGAUGACGAUGAUGAUGAUGAUGAAAUUUCAUUUGAUUUCGAACAACAGAAUGUCAGUCAUAUUCCUUUCAUUCCUAUCAUGAUGAAUCAUGAUAGGAAUCAAAAUCAAUUCAACAAUUAUUGCCAUUAUCACAAUCAAAUGCAAAUGGCUAAUAACAAUGAUGACAACGAUGACGACGAUGAUCAUGAUUUAACAAAUUAUUCGCAACAUGAAAACAGUAAUGUUGGAACAAUUUUCAUCAAUCAUGAUGGGCCACCAAUAACACCAUCACAACCAACAAUAAUAAUGAUGGAAACGGAUAAAAAAAUUGAUGAUGAUUUACGUCAAGAAUUGGAUCAAUUUGAACAAGAAUUCCAAUCAAUGAGAUUAUGAUUUUUUCUUUCAACAAUAAUGUGAUAUAUUUAUGAAGAGACAGUGACAAAUGUUUUAAAUGAUAAUCAUCAAUCAAAAGUUAUUUAUUUAUUUACAAAAACAAAUGAUUGUUUUGCACAGGGCUACAAUUGUUUCUCUCUUUUGCUCUGUCUGGUAAACUGAAUUUAAAUGUUUGUUUUUGUUGUUGUUGUGCAAAUGUUUUAAAUGAUGGUGAUGAUAAUAAAAAACAAAGUUAAGCA